UUGAUGAGUAAAGAGUCUCCAGUCUCUGUUGGAAAUGACGCUUACAUUGACCUUGAUCGGCAGCUGAAGAAAACUACGGAAGAAUUAAAUGAAGCACUAGCAACAAAAGAAGAAAUUGCCCAGAGAUGUCAUGAGUUAGAUAUGCAGGUUGCAGCCCUCCAGGAGGAGAAGAGCAGCUUGCUUGCCGAGAACCAGAUUUUGAUGGAACGUUUAAAUCAAUCUGAUUCUAUUGAAGAUCCCAACAGCCCUGCAGGUCGCAGGCAUUUACAGCUGCAGACACAAUUGGAACAACUCCAAGAGGAAACAUUCAGGUUAGAAGCUGCCAAAGAUGACUAUCGCAUACGCUGUGAAGAACUAGAAAAGGAAAUUGCUGAAUUGCGACAACAAACAGAAGAGCUUACUACACUGGCAGAGGAGGCUCAGUCUUUGAAGGAUGAGAUAGAUGUACUCCGGCAUUCUUCUGAUAAAGUAGCCAAGUUAGAAAGCCAGGUGGAGUCAUACAAAAAGAAAUUGGAAGACCUGGGUGAUUUGCGACGGCAAGUAAAACUCUUGGAAGAGAAGAAUACUGUGUACAUGCAAAAUACUGUGAGCCUGGAAGAAGAACUGAGGAAGGCCAAUGCAGCACGCAGUCAGCUGGAAACAUACAAGAGACAGGCAGUUGAACUACAAAACAGGUUAUCUGAAGAAUCCAAGAAAGCUGAUAAAUUAGAUUAUGAAUGCAAACGACUGAAAGAAAAAGUAGACAGCCUCCAAAAAGAAAAAGAUAGAUUAAGGACAGAAAGGGAUUCUUUGAAAGAAACUAUCGAAGAGCUUAGAUGUGUACAAGCUCAGGAGGGUCAACUCACCACUACAGGAUUGAUGCCUCUGGGAAGACAAGAGCCUUCAGACAGUUUAGCAGCAGAAAUCGUUACUCCUGAAAUAAAGUAA